AUGGAGAAUAAAAGGAACGUGACCAAACUCAUUUUAAUUGGCCUUACACAGAGCCCCCAAGUACAGAAGGUGGUGUUUGUGGUCUUCUUGGUGCUGUACACCGUGACACUCUCUGGCAACCUGCUCAUCGUGGUCACCAUCGUCAGCAGCCAGGCUCUGAGCUCCCCCAUGUAUUUCUUCCUCAGCCACCUCUCCUUGAUAGACACAAUUUAUUCUUCCUCUUCAGUGCCCAAGCUGAUUGUGGACUCCCUGCAUGAGAAGAAAGCCAUUUCCUUUAAUGGCUGCAUGGCCCAGGUCUAUGCAGAACACAUUUUUGGUGCUACCGAGAUCAUCCUGCUGACGGUGAUGGCCUAUGACCGCUACGUGGCCAUCUGCAGGCCUCUGCACUACACGACCAUCAUGAGCCACAAGCUCUGUGUGCUCCUCGUGGGAGUGGCCUGGGCUGGAGGCUUUGUCCAUGCAACCAUUCAGAUCCUCUUCACAGCCUGGCUGCCCUUCUGUGGCCCCAAUGUCAUCGACCAUUUCAUGUGCGACUUGUACCCUCUGUUGAAACUCGUCUGCAUGGACACCCACACCCUCGGUCUCUUUGUUGCUGCCAACAGUGGCUUCAUCUGCCUAUUGAACUUCCUCCUCUUGAUGGCAUCCUAUGUGAUCAUCUUGCGCUCUCUGAGGAACUAUAGCUUGGAGGGUAGACGCAAAGCCCUCUCCACCUGCUUGUCUCACAUUACAGUUGUUGUCUUAUUCUUUGUGCCCUGCAUAUUUGUGUAUCUGCGCCCAGUGAGCACUUUGGCAAUUGAUAAAGCUGUUGCUGUCUUCUAUACUAUGGUGGCCCCUAUGUUAAACCCUUUAAUCUAUACUCUCAGAAAUGCAGAGGUAAAAAAUGCAAUAAGGAUGCUCUGGAGCUGA